GGCAACCCUGAUUAUUGACACGACCACCACGACCACCACAACCACAACCUUUACCACAACCAAUAUUUUUUUCCAUAUUGAGAUGAUUCAAAUUUGAUAUAUUUUUUUAAUUAAUUAAAGAUAUAUAAAACUCAAAAUAUCGUCUCUCAAUUACUUUAAUAAAGUACAAGUCAUUUAUACAAUACAGUUUAUAUUUAAUUAUUGUUCCUGUGCUAUAAGUAUUUGUAAAAAAAUGGCACAGUGGAUAGGCUUUAUGGUAUCAAUAAAAUGCGUAGAUGACUUAGGAACUUAUCAGGGAGAGAUCUCAGAAGCAGACCCAUUUAAAAUUACCCUGACAAAAGCUUUUUGUAAUGGGUUUCCCUGUGAUGGACAAGUCUUAAUUAAUGCUAGUGACAUUGUGGACCUAAAAUUAAUUGAAAAACAAAUAGAUGAACCUCAAGAAAACAGUACUGUAACAGUAGCCAAACCAGUUGCAAAAAGAGCUCACAGAUCAUAUAGCACAUCAGAUUCAGUUCCUAAGCAAGGACAAAUAGGAGUUUAUGGAAAAAGCAAACCUAUUGACAUAGAUUUAAGUAAAAAAAUGGACGAGAGUUUGUCUUUGUCAUUUAAGAAUAACACACCUAAUAAAAGAAGUCUGAAAGGUGGAAAAUGGAUGAAAGGUUGGAAAGAUGAGGAAUGCUUUGGAUCUCCAGUGGGUAGUCAAAUAAAAGAAGAUUUUGACUUUGAAAAAAAUCUAGCUCUGUUUGAUAAACAAGCUAUCUGGGAUGAGCUUAAUGCCCAAAAACCUGAUGUAAUUCGACAAGCAGAUAGCAAAAAGGUUGCCAAAUACAGACAUGACGAAAAUAUUAUAGCAAGUCAGCCUACUUCAUUCCGUCAAAUUGUUGUACCUAAGCAAGAUUUUUGCGAGUACGUUACUGAUGAUGGCCUUAUUAUUCCCUGUAUCUCGAGGUCCCUGAAGAAGAAGUUGUUUGAAGCUGCAGGAAAGGCAGGACUUACUUUUGAGAGACAAAUAGAACUAUUUGGUAGUGCCGCAGCUGAGAUUUCAAUUCACUUAAUUGGAGGGAGUCAUAGAUUAAAUCCCUCAAAUUCUCAUCAGCUGCCCACAGUGGUGGUACUAUGUGGGCCCCACCAACAAGGGGCGGCAGGUGCGAACGCAGCACGUCAGCUGACGUCACACGGAGUUCGUACAGUGCUUUACUAUGUGUCUUCAGAGGCGACAUCUAUACGAAAAGAACUGGCAUUGUAUUCUAUGACGCGAAAUCGGACAGUAACGAACAUCGCCGAUCUUCCGCAGGCCGUCGAUUUGAUAAUAUGCGCCCUCUGUGAAGAUACAGAAACACCAAUGAGCUACCCAUUGCUGGCCGAAUGGAUCAAUAAAAAUAAGGCCCCUGUGUUGGCGUUAGAUCCGCCAUCGUGCGGAAUUCCUGGCAUUUUUCCAAAGAUAUCUCUCUUGCCUGUGCUUCCUCUACCUCAUUCGCCCAGUAAUGGCAAGCUGUACCUAACAAAUCUGGCCUUCCCAGUGGAAAUAUACCACGAAGUGGGUAUCAAAUACCAGAGUCCAUUUGGUUCAAAAAACACAAUACCUCUACACCCUAACGAAUGAAGAUUAUUUUCAGUUCUUAUCGGUCAGGCAGCUGAAAUUCAAUUUAAAGCACAUUAUUUUUUAAGCUUCAAAAUGUUCGAAUUUUAGCUUAUUAAAACAGAUAAUUUUUUUUCAGAUAUUUAUAUUUCUAUGUACUUUAUAUAUCUACAGAAACGACGACAAAUAGAAUUGUGAUAAAUAUUUUCAUUAUCAAUAAAAUGAGGAUUAAAUAAU